UUUCCGGGCCGCCCCGGCGGCUGCGUACUGGCUGUGGGAUGGGAAGUGAAGCCCCAGCGAGCGGCUGCGGCGGGGCUGUGCGGAGCAGCCAGCGGGAGGCGGCGGCGGCGCGGCAGUGAGCAGCCGAGAGCGCGGAGCCCGGAGGAGGGGAGCACCUGCAGGUCCAGGCGGCGGCUCCACCAUGGCGAUUCGCAAGAAGAGCAACAAGAACCCGCCGCUGCUGAGCCACGAAUUCGUGCUGCAGAAUCACGCGGACAUCGUCUCCUGCCUGGCGAUGCUCUUCCUGCUGGGGCUCAUGUUCGAGAUAACAGCAAAAGCAGCCAUCGUCUUCGUUGCUCUUCAGUACAAUGUCACUCGGCCUGCGACAGAAGAACAAGCUACUGAAUCAGCAUCCCUUUAUUACUAUGGUUUCAAAGAUUUGGCUACAGUUUUCUUCUACAUGCUAGUGGCAAUAAUUGUUCACGCCAUAAUUCAGGAGUAUGUGUUGGAUAAAAUUAACAGACGAAUGCACUUCUCCAAGACAAAACACAGCAAGUUUAAUGAGUCUGGUCAGCUUAGUGCAUUCUACCUUUUUGCUUGUGUUUGGGGCACGUUCAUUCUCAUCUCUGAAAACUAUAUAUCAGAUCCAACUAUCCUGUGGAGGGCUUAUCCUCAUAACCUGAUGACCUUUCAAAUGAAGUUUUUCUACAUCUCCCAGUUGGCAUACUGGCUCCAUGCACUCCCUGAACUCUACUUCCAGAAAACCAAAAAAGAAGAUAUUCCUCGUCAGCUUGUCUACAUCGGUCUUUACCUCUUCCACAUCGCUGGGGCUUACCUUUUGAACUUGAACCACCUGGGCCUUGUUCUUCUGGUGCUGCACUAUUUUGUUGAGUUCCUUUUCCACAUUUCUCGUCUGUUUUAUUUUAGUGAUGAGAAGUACCAGAAAGGGUUUUCCCUCUGGGCGGUUCUUUUUGUUUUGGGAAGACUUCUGACCUUAAUUCUUUCAGUCCUCACUGUUGGGUUUGGCUUGGCAAGAGCAGAGAAUCAGAAGCUGGAUUUUAGCACUGGAAACUUCAAUGUGCUGGCGGUUAGGAUCGCUGUUCUGGCCUCCAUCUGCAUCACGCAAGCCUUCAUGAUGUGGAAGUUCAUUAACUUCCAGCUUCGGCGGUGGAGGGAGCAUUCUGCCUUCCAGGCCCCACCCGUGAAGAGGAAACCAGUCGUGACCAAAGGCAGGUCUUCCAGAAAAGGAACAGAGAACGGUGUGAAUGGAGCGGUCACAUCAAACGGAGCAGACUCGCCCCGUAAUAGGAAAGAGAAGUCUUCGUAGUGGAUCGUCAACCGAUGGAUUAAUGACCCCCAAAGAAUCUGCUUUCUACUCUGUCUUUCGGCACUAGCGAUGUUUCUGUUCUUGAAAAUACAGUUUAUGCUCUUUGAUUUCUGCUGUUGUACUGUUCCUGCAUUUUAAAGGGCAUUCGAGGGGAGGAGGAUUACCAUGAGUGAGAAAAGAUUGUAGCGUAGAUUCAGCUACCUGCCUUCAGAAUAGUUUAGGGACCACCACAUAUUUUAUUUUGCUUUUUGUCUUGAACGUUUUUUCUUAUGGUUCGGGGAAAGACCAUUUACAGAAACCCCGAAUAACAAGUGAAAAUUUUUCUUGCUCUCACCGAUUUUUUAUAAUAUUAGCAAGGUGACCUGUUCUAAGAAGGUCCUAUUUUUUAAGUUGUCUUUCAGGGUAAAAUGGAAAUACUAUAAAGUCAGAUGUCAAACUUUUAAUGUUUUCAGUGUUCUCUAAUUUUUAGGAGUUUUUUGUAGCCUUUACACCUGGAAAAAAAGAUUUGUAAAAUCACCAAAAUAAUUGUGUGCUUUAUUUUCUAGGUAGUGGUUGUAGGUGUUACAUCCCAUAGUUAUUGCAAGAUUUAUUACCGUAUAUUGGAGCAGAUGUCUUACUAACAUAAGAGUACUUAGGAAGUGAAGUCUUGUUGUGCAUUUUCAACAUAUAUCAACUGGCAAUCAGAAAAUGUUUACUGUGAAGAGGAAUAUCAACUUAGAUAGCCCUUUUUGAUAUGUUUAUUAAUUCUUAAUGGGGCUUGUAAGUUUGAUAUAAGCAUAGCAUCUUGAUGAAAUACCAUUUAGCCUGCAAACCCUUUGAAAAUGUAAUGCCUACUUGAUUUAUAUCUAUAAAAAGGUGUCAGGUAAUUAUAUUUGGAAAACUAAUGCACUAACUUUAAAGAAAUUGAAAAUUCAGGUGGUUAGUCUUAACAGAAGACAUGCUUUAUGUUAUAUUAUAGCUUUGGACCCAUCUUUAAUUGAGAAACAUUUAUCUGUAUAAAACAUAUUUUUGGAUAAAUAUAUAUAUAUAUAUUUGUAUCUACAGAAAGGCUCUAAAAAGCAUUUGAGUAAAAUAUUGGUUCCCUUUUCUAUAGUUCUCCUUCUACCCCUUACGUUUGGUUUGUCUGCUGUCGCUCGUUACAGUACACGCAGUGCUCCGUUUGGUGUCCACGUCUUGUUCCCAUCUCUCACUUCCGUCACCAGCUGAAAACUGUUCGUGCCAUUUUGAAUAGAAAAGCUGCGGGCCCCGGCCUGUGGCUUAAGUUGCCAUGCUGCUAGAAAGUUGUGCUUUCUCUUUCCAGCUGUUAACCUAACUUCCUGGGAAAAGUAGUAGCUCUCUGUAGCAUUACCAAGCAUCUGUGGAACCAAAUUUCUGCCAUUCAAACUGGCAUUAUAUUGAGAAAUCAAUCAAAAUAAAAAAUUUUUACUUUCAAAAGCUG